AUGGCACCCUCAAGCAGUCCCAUUCCUCCACCUUCCCCAGCCAUCCCACAAACCAAACAGAGUGGGAGAGUGUUCUAUCCAAUUGGCUAUGGAGCGGAUCCAACUGGGAUACAAGAAAGCAGUGAUUCCAUAUUGAACGCUUUGAACGAUGCCUUUCAAGUGCAAAAUGGUCUUCAGUUGCUCCAGGGUGUGAAUGACUUGGGCGGCGUUGUAAUCGAUUUGCAAGGUGGAAACUACAAAAUCAGCAAGCCCCUCGGGUUUCCUGCGGCUGGCGGAGGCAACAUUGUGGUUAAAGGAGGAACUUUGCGAGCGUCGGACAAAUUUCCUGGUGAUCGGCAUCUCAUUGAAGUAUGGUCACAGAAUUCUCAAGCACUUGAUAAGAGAAACAAGGUUCAUGAUCCCAUCUACUAUGAGGAUAUAACCUUCCGGGACAUCCUUUUUGAUUCGGGAUAUAGAGGAGGAGGAAUUUUCAUUGUCGAUUCAGCCAGAAUUCGAAUUAACAAUUGUUUCUUUUUACACUUCACAACAGAAGGGAUUCUAGUCCAAAAUGGCCACGAGACCUUCAUAUCAAGCUGCUUCCUAGGACAACAUUCUACUGUAGGAGGGGAUCCAGGCGAGAGAGAUUUUUCAGGUACUGCCAUUGACCUUGCUAGCAAUGAUAAUGCAAUCACAGAUGUUACCAUUUUUUCAUCAGCAAUUGGCGUGUUGUUAAGGGGUCAGGCUAACAUUCUCACAGGGAUACACUGCUAUAACAAGGCAACCGGUUUUGGUGGUGUAGGAAUUGUAGUAAAGUUGUAUGCAUCACUAACUAGGAUAGAUAAUUGUUACUUGGAUUAUAAUUCUAUAGUCAUGGAAGACCCUGCUCAAGUUCAUGUUACUAACGGGCUAUUCUUGGGAGGAGGCAAUAUAGUGUUAAAAGCGAUCAAUGGCAAAAUUUCUGGAGUAAAUAUUGUGAAUAACAUGUUCAAUGCAGAUCCAAAAGAUACGACUCCUAUAGUAGGAUUAGAUGGGACAUUUACUAGAAUUGAUCAAGUGGUCAUUGGUCAGAAUAAUGUGGUGAGUGGCAUGAACUACAAAUCAACAAUAGGGAAACUAACAGUGGCUGGAAAUGCAACAAAAUGGGUUGCAGAUUUUUCCUCGGUGCUGUUGUUUCCUAACCAGAUUAAUCAUUUUCAGUACUCGUUUUACGUUCGCGGAAUGCCUAAUGGGCUCCCAAUUUAUGCAGUCACAAAUGUGUCAAAUAAUGUGGUAGUUGUGGAGAGUGACAAAUUGGUCAAUGCAGUGGUUUCUGUGAUUGUUGAUCAAUUUAAUAUGGUUGGUGAGAGUAAUGUUGUUAUAUGCUUACGUGGUAUUGAGAGCUGUCGGGGAAAAAUUUCUGGGGUUACCAUUGUGAAUAAUAUGUUUAAAUCGGAUGCAAAUUCUAUGAAUCGGCCUUAUGUUCAAUUAGAUGGAAAUUUGACCAACAUUGAUCAACUGGGGAUCGACAACAACAAUGCGAUCGGCAUGACUGUGAAAUCAACGGUCGGGAAGUUAAAGUUGGUGGCAAACUUUUCAUCCAUACUGGUGUUUCCAGACCAGAAUAAUCAUUUCGAUCCAGUACCCUUUCGAUUUUCAAGGGGCUCCUGUGGCAUAUCAACUAAUGUGCUGGUUGUAGAGACCGACAAAACUGUUCAUGGAGUGGCUUGUGUUGCUGUUGAUCAGUAUCAUAGGAACGGGAGACAUUUAAGAGUUUAUGUUGGCAGAUCGGCCAACCAUAAAUCUAAAACAAUGGAACCUUUCUCAGCAUGCUGUUUCAUUGUCUUAAUUCUGGCACAAGCUGCAACUUGUUCCAUCACAAGGGAGAUGAUGAUAAGAUUCCACAAAAAGCUACAAGAAACGGAAGCCUAUCAUCCUGUCAAUGCUACGUUGACAUUUCCUAAGGCAUCACACUCGGUGAGAUUUUCUUUCUGGAGGGUAUUUUAUCCAAUUGGGUACGGAGCGGACCCAACUGGGGCACAAGAGAGUAGUGACGCCAUAAUGAAUGCUUUAUACGACGCUUUUAAAGUGCAAAACAGGCUAGAAUUGCUGCCCGAUGUCCAUGACUUGGGUGGUGCUGUGAUUGACUUGCAAGGUGGAAACUACAAGAUCAGCAAACCCAUAAGGUUUCCUUCUGGUGGAGGCAACAUUGUGGUAAAAAGGGGUACAUUGCGAGCAUCGGAAACUUUCCCUGGUAAUAGGUAUCUUAUUGAACUAUGGUCACAGAAGUCUAGGGUGCAUAAAGAAAAGGUUUACUAUGAAGAUAUCACCUUCAGGGAUAUUCUGUUUGAUUCAAGCUAUAGAGGUGGAGGAAUUUUCACUGUGAAUUCAGUCAGAACUCGCAUUAAUAAUUGCUUCUUUAUACACUUCACCACACAAGGAAUUUUGGUCAAACAAGGCCACGAGACCUUCAUAUCAAGCACCUUCCUUGGACAGCAUCCAACAAUUGGUGGGGAUAAAAAUGAGAAUAAAUUUUCAGGCACUGCCAUUGAUCUUGAAAGUAAUGAUAAUUCAAUUACUGACGUUGUUGUUUUCUCAGCAGCCACUGGUGUUCUAUUAAGGGGAGAGGCAAAUAUUCUGACAGGGGUGCAUUGUUACAACAAGGCUAAUGUUUUUGGUGGCAUAGGAAUUAGAGUAAAACCAAGUGCACCCCUAACUAGGAUAAAUAAUUGUUACUUAGAUUUCACCAAUAUUGUCCUGGAAGAUCCAAUUCAAGUUCAAGUCACAAAUGGAUUGUUCAUUGGAGAUGCCAGUAUAGUUUUACGGUCGAUCAAAGGAAAAAUUUCUGGAUUAAACAUUGUGAACAAUAUGUUUAAAGGGGAAGGCAGAUAUUUGAACCCAAUAGUGGAAUUGGAUGGGAAUUUCACUAGCAUUGAUCAAGUGGUGAUCGAACGUAACAAUGUGAGAAGCAUGAGCUUGAAAUCAACAGUGGGGAAACUAACCGUGGCCAGAAAUGGAACAAAGUGGGUGGCCGAUUUUUCGCCGGUGUUGAUAUUUCCUAACAAGAUUAGUAAUUUUCACUAUUCAUUUUAUGUUAAAGGAGUAAUACCGGCGGGGAAUGUAGUGCAUGCAGUGACGAAUAUAUCAAAUAAUAUGGUAAUUGUGGAGAGUAACAAAGUCGUCAAUGCAGUGGUUUCUGUAGUGGUUGAUCAGAAUAGCAUUGUUGAAGAGAUCAACUCCCUGUAA